AGCUUGUAACGCACAAAGGCUUCUCUAAUUUUUCGCGCAAAGAACUCUUUCAAGCCAAUAAAUUGCAAGGUUUCCUUUUGGAUAUGAUAAUAGAGUAGUAGUAAUAGUAGAAUUAACAAGAAUGUCAGCUUAUAAAAAGACAAGUAGUAGUAAUUGUGUCAAUUUUGGGAUGACGACCACUUAUUCAUCGAGUAGUGAUUUGUGUGGAUUGAGUGGCUCGAUAAGUUAUUGCAGUGGGAUGGACACACUCUUUGUAGAUGAUAAUUCAAUCUUUUGUAAUUGUUCUCCAUAUUCAUUGAGAUCAUGCUUUAUUACCAACUCUGAUGGAUUGACUCAAAGGUCUAAUGUUAUAACAGAUCAAGUUUUGAAGAGAACUGUUUCAAAUCUUUCAUCUGCUACAAAGAGUGAAUCUGAUAUCACUCCAAGAACACCAUGUAAACAACAUUUUGAUAGAUUGCAUAGUCAAUCACUUGAUGUUGCCACCAUGCAAAGCGAUUUUCUUGAUACAGUGUCCACUACAAUGGACGAAGAAGACGAUUAUGUAUCGAAUAACUAUUCGAUACAUUACAAUAGAAAGGUCAGAAUGUGCCUAGUUGGAGAUGAAGCAUGUGGCAAGACCUCAAUCAUUUCCCAAUAUGUUCAAAAAUCCUUCCCUAAUUUCCAUGAUCCAACCAUUCAAGAAUCUUACAGCAAAAUUGUGAGAAAGACAGAGUUGGAAACUUUCGAAUUAUACAUAACAGACACUUCUGGUUCAGAUCAAUACGCAGACUUGAAAGACUCUUAUAUCAGAGAAAGUUUAGUUUUUGUGUUUGUAUUUGACGUUACCAACGAAUCGAGUUUUGAGAAAAUGAAGCAACUUGUUGCAGAAGUCCAAGAGAAAAAGUUUCAAUUAUCCAAAAUUGAACAUUUCCCAAUAAUAAUAAUUGCCAAUAAGAUUGAUAUGAUGUGUUCAAGGGUUGUUUCAAAGAAACAAGUCAGACAAGCAAUGAGAGAAAUGAAAUUGAAACACAAUCUCUCCUCCUAUAUUGAAGUUAGUGCCAAACAACGAUACCACGUUGAUAAGGUAUUCAAAAAGGUUCUCAUGCUCACUGAUUCCUGGAAUUGCAUCUAUAACUUGCAACAAGAAGGAACUGACUUUGGUUUCGUAACAACACCAAGAAAAGUCAAAUCUGGAACUCCAACCUCAACAUCCACACCACGAAGUGAGUCUCUAUGCAGCAGCACAGACUCAUUAUUUUACUAUAGAAACAAUGAAACGAGUAGUGAUACAGAAAGUGAUAUCACAGAUUGUUCAGAAGGAGAGGAAGAAUCUCUGGCCUCCUCAGAACAUAAGGCCUUUUUAACGAGAAAGAGAUCUAAAACCACAACAUCCGACGCCAGCAAUAAUAAGAGGUCAAUAUUUUCUAGGAAGACAAACAUUAAGGCAAGAGUAUGUGGCAAUUCAGCUCCAGAACUGAAUGCUAAACAAAAAGUGAACAUUCCAGAUGUACACAGUGCCUCUGAUUUGUCUGUAACUGUUGGAGGAUCUUCGAAUCAAGCAAUUGGUUUGAAGAAGGGUAUUUCUCUAUCUUCCUCAUUGUUCCAACUAGCCCUUGGAAAUAGAUUCAAAUUUUCAAAAGAAAAAUAAAUCAUGCUACAGCAACAGUUUGACU